AUGAAUCGGGACAAGGUUCAGUUGGGUGACAUCUCCAUUGUUCCUCAGGCGACCGGUGUGGCUUCCCAGACCGCUGUGGUGGUGGCCGCCUCUGAGAGCAUGGACAGCCACGGUGAGAAGCGGCUGUCUGCCAGCGAGCUGUCGGUCUUCUCCUGCCCUGCGAGCAGAGACAGGCUGACAGCGGACAGCCGAGAAAACUCGCCUAGACAGGAGCCAGUCGUGGUCGCUCCCCCAACCGUUCAUCGGACAACCUCCUUCUCUGUUCUGGACAUUUUGGACCCAAAUAAAUUUACGAGUAAAAGGCAACAGCCGAACCGGACAGGCAGUACCUACUCCAUCGGGACAGAGAACAGAGUUAACGAAGAUCCAGCUAUUGCGAUAGACCCAAAAUCAUACGCGGAAGACUAUGAGAGUUGUAAAAAGCCCACAGGAUUAUUAAAAGACGGGUACGCCUUCAAAACGGACGAAUGCGAGAACGACUACAGCAGAAGCCCCGACAGCGAGAAUCAGGACGAGCUCUGCAGCGAGGAGAGCAGCGGUGGCCUCGUAGGCAAUGUGGACUCUGAGCUGUGUCACCGUGAGGAAGACGAACCGGGCACCCGGAGCUCCAGUCCCACCGCACAGCAGAAUCAACAGAGCGGACAGAGCGGCCAGAACCAGCAAGCCAAACCGAAAAGGAAGCGAUCAGGCUCUGAUUCCAAAUCGGGCAAGCCUCGAAGAGCCCGGACCGCCUUUACCUACGAACAACUUGUGGCUCUGGAAAACAAAUUUAAGUCUACUAGGUACCUGUCCGUGUGUGAAAGGCUGAAUUUGGCGCUGUCACUCAGUUUAACAGAAACCCAAGUGAAGAUCUGGUUUCAGAAUCGUCGGACCAAAUGGAAGAAGCAGAAUCCUGGGGCGGAUACUAGCGCUCCUACCGGUGGCGGCGGGGGUCCGAACGGUCCGAGCAAUGGACUCGGAAACCUCAGUCCUCUGAGUCCAUCUCCCCCCAUGGCCGGCCAUCUGUCAAUGCACGCAAGCUACCCGGGUCAUACGCCCGGAGGACUAGUGUGUGCAGCACAGCUACCCUUUCUGCCCAGUCCCGCUGUAUUGUCACCUUUCGUCUUAGGAUCUCAGACUUACGGGGGGCAUGCGUUUUACACCCCGCAUUUGUAA